AUGUGGGAUAUGAUAAUGUGGGGAAGGCGAUGGCGAAUAUCGGAAAGGACAGCACUUGCCGUAAGAGGAUUGGAUUUGAAGGAUGUCAAAUCGAUUGAGCUAUCAUUCGAUCCAUUUCAUCCCGGAUGCCAUUCACUUAGGACUUUUGGGUUCUUAAUCAGUUCACCGUACGUGCGACGUACAAAUCCAAUGACCAAAGUGCAAUACACCAUUAGAAAUGAUCGAGAACCGCCCUGUAUGCUUGCAAAUCUUUCUGAUGGUAAGAAGUUGUUGUUUAAAACGAACGGCAUGCAUGUUAUGGACCUGUUGAUGACGCUGAACAGGCUGUUGGGCAAUCCAGAAUUUGGCAAAAGCGGAAUUCGACCACUUCCGAAGAUCGAUUGA